AUGGAAAUAGUUUCCUCUUGGCCCAUGAGGGAUGUCGCACUGUCGCGCGCGCGAAUGAUUGGUCUUGCUCCCAGUGAGGGCUGGUGGGCGAUACGCUGCUCUCAAGUUAGGGAAUGUCCGGGGGUGUGGGAGGGGGGUUGGUGGUGUUCCACGAUCUCCUCUUUUGGGCAUCAUCUUUCCCAAAUCCAAAACACCGAGGAGCCGAGAGAGUCCCCAUCCUCCCCAGGUCCUGGUAGGAUGGAUGGGCCUGUUGUUCAGGUACCUACCCACCUACAUGAUUGUGCUGGACCUCAGGUACCAAUCAAUCGUUUUGCGUUCCCGGAUGUGAUUACUGUAGGAAGGGAUAGGAAAGGGAACCGCCUGCCUGAGUUCGGGCUGCUACGGGAUAAGCGACUGGCAGAGAGAGACAGACACACAGAAAGACACAGAGACGGACAAGCACAUGGAUUAACGGAAGUUUCGACUGUAUCGGAUGGAGGGGUCGUACUGUCAGGAAUGAUCGAAUCGAUAGGCUCUCGAUAUCCGAUUUGUGGCCCCACCCGUAAUACUAACCAUGGUUCUGAUACCGACUACUCUGCACCCACUACGGAGUACUACUUACAGACAUCUAAACUAACUAUACUAGCAUGGAAACUUAUGGUCCCUACCGCUACGGACUUACUUAGUACGACUCCGGUCUCUAACCCACUUCCUACCCGGAGACCGGCACUCACUGGGAAGGGUAGUAUCUACGAGAAUCGAAAAGCAUACUUAGUUACUAAGGUAGUAAAUAGUAAAUAA